CGUUUUUCACUAUUGAUUUUUCCUCUUAUUUUGUGUCUGUUUUUUGUUUGAGUCAGUCAUCGCUUUUCUCAUCACAUUUUUCUUUUCAUAAAUACUCUCAAAAUACGCGUAUUUUUCUCUCGAAAAGCUAUUAAGAGUAAACAUUUUCUUCCUAUUAUUCGCAUCCAUUCAUUCAGUUAUGAAAUAUUUGUUGGCUUUUGUCUCCUUUUUAUAUUACUGUCAAAAUGUAAUUAAAUGUCAACAGAACGCGACUAAUGUUAAGAUUGAUGUCUAUUAUGAGACUCUAUGUCCGGAUAGCAUUCAAUUCAUUCGCCAAAAACUUUACCCAACUUUUGGCAAAAUUGGAGAAAUAAUGGACAUUAAUCUCAUACCAUAUGGAAAGGCAGAGCACACACAAUACCGCGAAGAUGUGGAGAUCUAUUGCCAUCACGGGUCCAAAGAGUGUGAGGGGAAUACCAUCCAGUCCUGUGCUAUUAAAUACUUAGAUAACAAUAUGACAAUUGUAUUGCCAUUUGUUAAUUGUAUGGAAAAUCGUUUCUAUGGAAGGUAUAGACCCCACAUCAGCACAAUAGCCAAUGAGUGUGCGAUAACUCACGGAAUUAAUUACACACAAAUCCAAAGCUGUUCCGCAAGUCUUGAGGGCAAACGACUGCACAUCAAGAAUGGAGAGCGCACUCAACGCCUGUCACCCAAACUCACAUUUGUGCCCUGGGUUGUCAUCAACGAUGCAUUCACUGAAACCGACCAAAACGUAGCACUUUAUGGCGACUUUAAAACUUUAGUUUGUGAUAAAUACCAGGGAAAGACUCCGCCAAAUAGCUGCAACUCAUAACAAAGUCGAACACUGAAAACGACCUGAUUUUCAACUAUCUAUACACUAAUACUCCCUUUCAACUCAUUUAUUAUAUAAUACUUUUAAUGUUUAUAAAAUUUUUGAUUUACAAAUUGAGGCCUUUUUUGAUUUUGAGCCAAUUUGAUGAAUUUGCAGUCAAAUGCCGGCAGUAUUUGUUUGUUUCGCCCAAUUAUUUGCAAAUAAUACUUAUUUCCACUUUUUGAGUGAUGUUUAUAUCAAGCAAUUGACUGUAGACUUAGAAUUAAUAUAAAACCAA